AUGAAAAUACUAUAUUCGGAGACCUGGAAUAGCAUACAAAGUGAGUACCAGUGUUGUGGUAUCGACGGGCCGUUUGACUACAACAUGACGGCACUGAUUGAACAGAACUACGAAACAGUAGAUCCGCAACAACUGUUCCCAAAGAGCUGUUGUCGUGAGAAUCUACCGGUUCUUCCAAACGAACAAAUCCUAAUGAGAGACAAAUGUGUGACCAGUUAUGACCCGGACUUAGUAUAUAUAUACGGCUGUUAUGAUCACAUUCACCAUUGGCUGCAACACUCGGCAGACCUGCUGUCAAUACUAGGCUUCUGUGUGAUAACGUUCAUAAAAGUGUGUUUUCUGGCGAUUCUGAGGUAUGAGAUCAAAGAGAUGAUCCAAAAAAUCAAAGUUCUCAACGACAUGACUGAGGCGGCGGCCACAGUGCCGGUGCACGACUUGGAGGCGUAUUUGCCGCGGCCUUCCGUCGUACAGAUGGACGCCUCGCAGUCACUGUUGGCCAACGCGUGCACUCAAAGUACGUACAGGACUGACAAGCCUUACCACAGCCAUCACCAUCACAGCCACCUAUUCUCGAGCGCGUGCGGCAGUUGUGUGAGCGAUAAGCCCAGAGGGAACAGCAUCACAGCCACCACCGGCAAUGUCAGUGAUCUGUCUCAGUGUCAGAGUCAGAGUCAGUCCAAAAAGCAAAGUCUUGUUUAGGAUAUGUUUUCACUCAUGUCUACAACUCAUGUAUUAUAUAUUCUGUAUAAUAAUUCAUAAGAAUGUUAACGAAAAGUCAAAAUGUUUUAUAUAGAGAAUUAUUGCUAAUUAGAGAUUAGUAUAUAUUUUAACUUUUAAAAUGAG